UUCACUGAGGAAGGAAGAUUGCUGCAGCUUCACAACGUACACAGAGAAGGACUGAACACCCUAUUCAGAAAAGCACGGACUUUCACUUAAUAAUUAUCAUUAUUGUGGCAUCAUGUUGCUCCCUGCUGUGGCUGUAUUACUGAUUGUACUCAUAAGCUUGGAUAUUGGACAUGCAACAAUUCGGAAAGCUGUGGACAGUUCAGGGAAGAAACAGUACCAGGUCCAGCAUGGAGCUUGCAGCUACACAUUUUUAAUGCCAGAGGUUGAAAGUUGCCGCUCAGCCUCUACCAACUCCUAUGUAUCCAAUUCAGUGCAGAGGGAUGCUCCACUUGACUAUGAUGACUCAGUGCAGAGACUACAGGUUUUAGAAAAUAUCAUGGAAAACAACACACAGUGGUUGAUCAAGCUUGAAAGCUAUAUCCAAGAUAACAUAAAGAAAGAAAUGGUGCAGAUACAGCAGCAUGCCGUACAGAAUCACACUGCUGCAAUGAUUGAGAUAGGCACCAGUCUUUUAAAUCAGACAGUGGAGCAGUCAAAAAAGCUAACCCACGUCGAGACGCAGGUGUUUAACCAAACCACACGACUUGAGCUCCAGCUUCUAGAAAAUUCCCUCUCAACAAACAAAUUAGAGAGACAAAUUUCAGACCAGACUAGCGAAAUAACAAAGCUGCAAGACAAGAACAGCUAUUUAGAAACCAAAGUCCUAAGCAUGGAGGACAAGCACACAGCACAACUGCAGACAAUAAAAGAAGAAAAGGAUAAACUUCAAACUUUGGUGCUGAAGCAAAAUACUAUCAUUGAGGAUCUAGAAAAGCAACUCGUAACAGCAUCUGCAAAUAACUCCCUUCUGCAAAAACAGCAGCAUGACUUGAUGGAAACUGUGCACAGCCUUCUGACUAGGAUGGCACCUCAAAAUCCCCCAAGAAGCACUUUUGUGGCCAAAGAAGAGCAGAUCGCUUUUAAAGACUGCACUGAAGCAUAUAAAUCAGGAUUUACCGCAAGUGGAAUUUACACAUUAACAAUUCCUAACACUACAGACCAAGCAAAGACUUACUGCGAUAUGAAAACAGAUGGGGGAGGAUGGACAAUUAUUCAGAAACGCUUUGAUGGCAGUGUGGACUUUCACAGAACAUGGAAAGAGUACAAAAAGGGAUUUGGUGACCCAACUGGAGAAUACUGGUUAGGAAAUGAGCUAGUUUCUCAGCUAACAAAUCUACAGAAAUAUAUCCUUAAAAUCCAGCUAAGAGAUUGGGAAGGAAAUCAGGCCUUUUCAUUAUAUGAACACUUCUAUUUGGGAAAUGAAGCGCAGAAAUACAGGAUCAACCUCAAAGGAUAUACUGGGACUGCAGGAAAAAUAAACAGCAUAAGCCAACCAGGAAAUGAUUUUAGUACAAAGGAUGCAGACAAUGACAAAUGUAUUUGCAAGUGCUCACAAAUGGCAACAGGAGGAUGGUGGUUUGAUGCCUGUGGACCCUCUAAUUUGAAUGGCAUGUAUUACUCAUUGGGACAGAACACAAACAAGUUUAAUGGGAUCAAAUGGUACUACUGGAAAGGGUCAGGGUACUCUCUAAAGGCAACCACAAUGAUGAUCCGACCAGUUGACUUUUGAAUAUAAUACAACUUUAGAUGGUGUUUACAUUAUAAAAAGACAAUGUGGAAAAUGGCUAGUUGUAUUCCUCACUAUGGAACAAGUGCAACAAAGCUCAGAAGUGGAGCAGUUUAGCUGCAUUAUUCUAUCACAAAUGUUAUUGAUCUGGCAGUUCAAGAGAUAAAUAAAAACAAAGAUGAAAAAUGAACAGCAAGGCACCACUUGCAACAAUGACCACUGCUGCUUAAGAGAUUUGGAUUGCAUGUAAACUGGAAUUGUGAACAGCAGAACUCAUUCCUUGAUUUGUUUUUGUUUUUUUAUUUUUUGCAGAAUUACAGUCAAUCUGCGAACCAAUUUGUAUUAUGUUAUAUAUUAUGUAUUGUACAUAGAGAUGUAAAUAACAUGUAAAUAGAUUGCGUUAAAAUGCUAUACCCAUAGCCGAGAUGCAAGAUUAAGUAUUUUAAAUAUCUAAGUGUCUAUGAUGUUGUCACAAAUCAAUAUCAACUAAAAGAGGAAGCAACCACUACUAUUACCACUAGCUAUUUCCUGUCACGUACUUUUCCUGGCCUUCAGCUGAUAUCCUAUAAUAUUACAUAGAAUUCUAAAUGGAAAAAUUAUAGUGGACAAAGCGUGUGACCUGUCUAUGCUGGAUUUUUUGUUUGUAUAUGCAAUAACUUUAACCAGUUAUUUGUCCUCACAAUACUACAUGAACUGCACUUUUUUAUAAAUAAUUGUUGUAUGUAAAUAUUUUUUAAUGUAAUUCAUUAAUUGGCACCUAUACUAAACUCCAGAUUUACAACAUCUAUUUUUCUAUUAGCAUAAAUAAAUGUGUUUUUGGAACACAAACCCGCUAAAUAUAAAUUGCACGCUCUCUCCACAACACAACCUUAUAUUGUUAUAAUUUAACAAAAUAAAAUGCAAAGCAAUAUAGCUUUUUUAUGCAGGUAUCUGAUUUUAAAGGCAUGAAUAUUUCCAGGGUGUCAGGGGCAAAAAAAGCCCAAGUAUUAUUGCAAUUGUCUCAAUAUCAGACUGACCUCUAUAGUUUGUUUUUUUUCAUGCUAAAAUGCAAUAUAAUGAAAGGUACUUAACUUAUUAAAAUUAAAUGAUGUUCACCGUUGCUUCUACUUUUUGUAAAGUGGAUGGAGGAAUUAUAGGCUAUUUAAGCAAAUUGUCCAUAAAAAUUCCAUAGAGAUUAAAGACCUAAAGCCUUUAGCAGGAUCUACAUGACUGCCAAAACAUCCCAUCAUUCAGGACUGGCUUUCUUUAUAUAUUUACAUAAAUUACUGCAUCCAUCAUCCUAUCAUCUGCCAUCACAUUUUUGACAACUUUCCUGUACAUCUAUGGGAUGUCAAAGGAACAAAAGUCUCUGCCUGGCAUGGCAUUUAAUCAUAUCAUAGCUCACUAAAAAGUAAAUUCAUGUUGUACAACCACAUUCCAGAAAGCCAACAACACUGUUUUACAUGCAUUUAUUCUGGAGAGCCUCAAAAAUAAUCCAGAAACCAGAGAGCAUUAAUGCUAUUGUACAGGGUUUUUUAUUUGAUGAUUUGAUAUGUUUCAGGCAUAAACCUGCAAAUUCAGUUCAGUUUGAUAGUUGGUACCACUUGCUAACCAAAGUGUGCCAAAUGAAAUGACUAGCAGAUGUAUAUAUUUGUGUACAUGUAGGAUAGAAAGAUAAACAAGCAAACAUUAAUUCCUGUUUCUCACUUGCCUCAUUGCUGUUAACAACGCAUUUUUUUUUUUUUUUUUGAUGGUUUCGCUAUGUGACCCUAUGUUGUCAUUUAUUAUUGUAAUGGAGAUUCUGAUGUGGCUUGUAUCUACAGCACUGUAUUUUCCUUUCCUUCCAUGUCAUACUCCCCCCUCUGUUUUACCCCCCUUUUUAUGGUUUCUUUUUGUGUAUAAAACUCUCAAUAAACCGUUAUUUCAAAAAAAAAAAACAAGCAAACAUCAGAAGGUAGAGAUUACUUUUUAUAGCUGUACCUUACUUUAACAGAUUAAAAA